UGAAAAAGUCAAAACAUUUUCGUACAUUAGACCGCAAAAAAUGAAAAAUGCAUCUCCCGACGUCCUAGUACUUUGAAAAGUGCCAAAGAAUGCUGCAUUGCGACCAUCAAGAAGAGCCACGAACGAUACUGCGGUCGCGAUCAUGGCUGACGUUGAAGCUUCAUUUUGGCGGGUUUUUCACAAUGCUCGUGUGUGCUUUGGUUAUUUGCAAAGCAGAAGAGGAUCACCAUCCAGAUGUGACUGCAAUCUUUUCGGAACGAACCCUAGUAAACUCAUCUUCUUCAUCUGUGGCCUGGCUCGAUUGUUCUACAGAAGGGUUCGAUAAUGGAUGGAGCGUCUUUCGAAAGCAAGUUUGGGAAUUUUUUCGAAAGCAAGUAAACGGGAACAACUACAACAGAGUAGAGCUGCUACACCAAGGUAGUUCUCGCGAAGAAGACGUCCUCCCUGCGUCUCUGCCACCACUUUUACACGACCAAGAGUUGGUCGACUCUGCCACCUUUAUUGUCGACAAAUACUUGCCGCUCGUUUGCACUAUGCCUUGUUCCAGCAGUGCUGACUUACGAUGGGAGAGAACCCUUGCGCUGUUUGACCGUAACUGUGCCGAAAGAACUACCCGCAAAAAUUUCGAUCGAUACCUACUACGAGGACACUUUCGGGGAGUGAAGAUGAGUUUGACAAGGACUGUAGAGGCGCGAGAAGAAGCGCGAAACGACGAAGCCCGAAAAAUUCUUGGGGAAGAUGACGCAGGAGAGGUGCAGCUAGAAGAUGACGAAGGAGAGGUUAAUGAUACGCAAUCUUCAACUACAACUACUAUCGCUGAAGAGCAGGAAGACUUUUGUCUCUACGGUUUGACCCAUGCACUUGUAAUUCAAGCGCAUGCACUGUGGCACGUGCAGUUUCAGCUGGCUUUCCGAAAUGUCUAUGUCGCUUUUCUGCUUUAUGUUAUGGACUACAACAACUUGGAAGAUCUUAUAGCUCAUGCCGCGUACUGCAAGUGGCAGUGGUGCUAGUAUGAAAUGAGUCUGGUACACUCACGUAGCGUACCAGACCACUAUGCAUAGCAGUCGAGCCAGGAAAUAGAAAUAUAACAUAAAGAUGCUUGUUCAUUUCCAGCUACGGAAAUUGUUUCGAAUGGAGCGGCAGUUCUGCGUGGCCCCUGAAGUUUUCUACGGUUGUGGCGAAUCUGAAUGCUCCCGCAGCCGAUGGCUUCGAUUUUUCCAUAGGAAUGACUUUUCCCGAUGCAGACCCGUCUGCGGAUGCGCAAUACACGACAACAAGAACUCUAGUUGAUGAACUUGGAGAGUCAAAUUCGACGCCCAGAAGUGCUACGACGCAGCAGGAGGACAAGUCUGCGUCGCAGCAGGAGGACGGCGUAGAACUAGAGGAAAAGACAUCUUCCUACUCUCGAUUUCCUCCGUGCCACACAAAAUGUUGUAAAGGAAAGGCGUUUGUGCUUUUCGAUCUUCUACAAGAAGAGGACGGCAUUUCUCUACAACGUGGUCCGACUUCACGAAAAAGUAAGAACAACCAAGCAGCUAGUAGUACAUGCAC